AUGUCAAUUGAAGUUGACUGGGCAGCUGCCACCUCCGGCCCGGACGGGGAAGCCCUGGCAGAGCGAAUCCGGUCGUUCGUACACGACAAAUUCCAAGAGAUCACCUUACCGCGCUUUAUUCGCUCGGUCCAGGUCCACUCCUUCGAUUUCGGGACCAUCGCCCCAGAUCUCGAGAUAAAAGACUUCUGCGAACCGUUCGCCGAUUUCUACGAGGAAGAUGAUGACGACGCCGAUACCUCCGUUGCCUCCGAGGAGCUCAUGUCCGAGCUCCAUGAAUCCCCAUACGAAGACGACAUGGGAUUCAAUCCCACCGCGCAUAGCCUUCAUAAUUUCAGUCACCAUCCAUACCCCGGCGAAGGCUUCCAACCAUCUGCGCUUCGAUCCCCACUAGGCGACCACCUCAGCCCACAUUUCCUACCCCGUGCCAGUACACCUGGGAUCCCUGGCGGUACGUCAACGUUGGGAUACCACAUGCGGUCCCUUGGCGGUCUAUCAGGCACCCAGACACCCCUUGCUGCCGUAGCAGGCGGCACUUCAUUUGCGAGCGGGUGGUCGGAUUCAGGUGCCAUGCCCAGGUCCCAAGCAACCCGCCCUGGGGGCGCACAUCACCUAGCAGAGCCAGAUUUAGACACCAACAACUCCGCCUCCCGACCCUCAACCGCUAACACACUCCCCUCCCAUCCUUCCCUUGGCCGCACCGGUAGCGGCGGGUCAAAUCCACACAGCAGCGACCCCAUCGACGCGCCACAGCCCUCAAUAGAAAUACCCGAUGACCCCGCUGGGGGUCAAUCAUUCCCCAUCCCGCCGCGCAUGCGUGAGCGCCGCCCAGAGGACUUCCAGGUGCUGUGCCAUGCUAAAUACGCCGGUGAUGUGCGCAUGUCCUUGACUGCGGAGAUCUUACUCGACUACCCGAUGCCCAGCUUCGUGGGGCUGCCGUUGAAGUUGAAUGUCACGGGCAUCACGUUUGACGGGGUUGCCGUUGUCGCGUAUAUUCGCAAGCGAGUGCAUUUCUGUUUUCUUUCUGCAGAGGACGCGGAUGCCCUACUUGGGUCUGAACAGUCCCAGGGUAGUCAAAAUCCCAGUGAUGAUGGUCUACCUCGGUCUGGGAGCGAUCAGAAGGAGAAGGAUCUGAAGCGACAGGGUGGUUUAUUGCAGGAGAUCCGAGUGGAUAGUGAGAUUGGUCGCAAGGAAGAUGGGAAGCAGGUCCUGAAGAAUGUUGGGAAGGUCGAGCGGUUUGUGCUCGCGCAGGUUCGAAGGAUCUUCGAGGAGGAGCUCGUAUAUCCUAGCUUUUGGACAUUCCUGAUAUAA